UGUGAUCAGUCACAUAGAGGGGAGGAGUCAGGACUGUCAGUAACGAUGGAACCUGGUCAUGUGAUCUCCUGACUCCGCGCUCCAUGUGAUCACAUGACUGUGACAUGUUCGCAGGUCCUGUACCCACAGAGCACUGUCCAGGGGAGGUCCCUACAAUCCAGGAUCCUCUCAGCUGAUUCUUCUAUAGAAGAGAAUAUUCCUGAUCGACCAUCAAUGAUGGAGAAGGACAGAGACAAGAUGGCGGAGAGGAUAAUACACCUCACCAUAGAGAUACUCUUCCAGCUUACCGGAGAGGAUUACACGGUGGUGAAGAAGACCUCUAGGGGGCGCCAUCAGGCCCCUGUGUGUGAAGGAUGGGGAAGAACCCUGAGGCCAAUCCCGGGGCCUCCACCUCACUCCCUGAUACAUGAGGAGAUGAAUGAGCAGAAGAUCCUAGAACUCACCAACAAGAUGGUGGAGCUGCUGACUGGAGAGGUUCCUAUAAGGUGUCAGGACGUGGCCGUCUAUUUCUCCAUGGAGGAGUGGGAGUAUUUAGAAGGACACAAGGAUCAGUACAUAGCGGACAUAGUCAUGAUGGAGGAUCAGCAGCCCCUCACAUCAGCAGACAGAUGUCCCCGUCCUCUUCCUCCAGAGGAUUCUUCAGAAGGAGAUGACAAUGUCCUCCAGGAUUAUCAGCUUAUGGAUCAGAGUAAAGAUGUGAAGAACAUUAAUGCUCCAGACAUAAUGGUGAAAGAGGAGACAGAUGUGAGGGGUGAUGAUCCGUGUACAGAGGACGUCCCUACAGCGCCCCCGCCAGAUGACUGUACCUAUAGCUCAGAGGGACUUGUGACAUCCUCAUAUUAUACAGCAGAUGAUGGCGGUAUUACAAAACAUACAAGUGAAGAGCACGUCAUUACCCCAGAUAUACAGUCAUCCAUUCACAACAAAAACCCAUCAUCUGAUGUUAUAAAACAAGUCCCGUCAUCUGAUCACAGAACAGGUUCCUCAGGGGAGAGAUUUUACGCAGGGGUGAAGCCAUAUUCGUGUUUAGAAUGUGGGAAAUGCUUUAGAACUAAAUCAUUUCUCGUUUCACAUCGAAGAAUUCACACAGGAGAGAAACAAUUUCCCUGCUUGGAAUGUGGCAGAUGUUUUAGCAUUAAAGCCUAUCUUGUUAAACAUCAAAGUAGUCACAAAGGAGAAAAGUCAUAUUCGUGUUCUGAAUGUGGGAAAUGUUUUAGCCGGAAAUCAACUCUCGUAUUACAUCAGAAAACUCACACAGGGGAGAGGCCAUUUUCAUGUUCAGAAUGUGGAAAAUGUUUUAGCAUGAAAUCAACUCUCGUAAUACAUGAGAAAACUCACACAGGGCAGAAGUUUUCGUGUUCAGAAUGUGGGAAUUGUUAUGCCUACAAAACAUCUCUUAUUACACAUCAGAGAACUCACACAGGAGAGAAGCCAUAUUCAUGCUCAGAGUGUGGGAAAAUUUUUAGCAUUAAAUCACAUCUUGAUUGUCAUAAGAGCUAUCACAAAGGGGUGAAGCCGUUUUCAUGUUCGGAAUGUGGGAAAUGUUUUUCCAUGAAAUCAAAUCUUGUUAUACAUCAGAGAAUUCACACAGGAGAGAAGCCAUUUUCAUGCUUAGAAUGUGGCACAUUUUUUAGAAUGAAAUCACAUCUUGUUAAACAUCAAAAAACUCACAUAGGAGAGAAGACAUUUUCAUGUUCUGAAUGUGAGAAAUGUUUUAUUGACAAAUCAAAUCUUGUUGACCAUCAAAGAAUUCACACAGGGGAGAAGCCAUAUUUAUGUUCUGAAUGUGGGAAAUGUUUUUGCCGGAAAUCUCAUCUUAUUGUACAUCAGAAAACUCACACAGGUGAGAGGCCAUUUUCAUGUUCAGAAUGUGGGAACUGUUUUAGCACGAAAUCUACUCUUGUUGACCAUCAAAAAAGUCACACAUCGGAGAAGUUAUAUUCAUGUUCAGAAUGUGGAAAAUGUUAUGCCCACAAAAGAUCUCUUGUUGGACAUCUGAGAACUCACACAGGGGAGAAUCCAUAUUCAUGCUUAGAAUGUGGCAAAUGUUUUAGCCAGAAAUCGCAUUUUGUUAAACAUCAAAUAACUCACACAAAAAAUAAGCCAUAUUCAUGUCCUGAAUGUGGGAAAUGUUUUAGCAUGAAAUCACAUUUUGAUAAACAUCAAAUAAGUCACACAGGAGAUAAGCCAUAUUUAUGUCCCGAAUGUGGGAAAGGUUUUAGCCGGAAAUCAAAUCUUGUUGCGCAUCAAAUAACUCACACAGGAGAGAGGCCAUAUUCAUGUUCUGAAUGUGGGAAAUGUUUUACCCGCAGAUCAGUUCUUGUUAAACAUCAAAUAACUCACACAGGAGAGAAGCCAUAUUCUUGUCCUGAAUGUGGGAAAUGUUUUACCCGCAAAUCAAAUCUCAUUACACAUGAAAUUACUCACAAAGGUUAUAAGCCAUACUUAUGUUCCGAAUGUGGGAAAUGUUUUAGCCGCAAAUCAAAUCUCGUUACACAUCUAAUAACUCACACAAGGAAGUAGCCAAUGUCUUUUUUUAAACAAAUGUAUAUAACGUUGUCUGAGAACCUGUCGCCGAUUGAUCAUAAAUGUUUCCUUCAACGCUUAUAUUUUUAAAUUUCAUCCUAUCUUUUUCAACUUUCAGUGUUAAGCUAUUGCCUAAAAAACUGGAGUUCAAGGCAAGCUGGGAGCUCCGUUUUUGAGGUGUUGUGUAUCGGCAGUCUGAUUGGGGGCGCUCUUACCUCUGGCUGAUUGACAGGUCCUCUAUGAGGGGUUUCUCCAUUCUCCAGUGACUAUGGCUCCAUCCAUGUUAUUUAUCGCUCUCCGAGACUAGUACUGGAAAUCCCAGGGUGGGUGUUAUUGUACGAGGUCUGUGCACAGGUCACGCCCCCUCCCAUUGACUUGCAUUGAGGGGGUGUGGUGUGACAUCAUGAGGGGUGUGGCCUUAACAUU